UUUUGGUUCAAAAAUUUUACAUUUAGAACAUAAUUGUGAAUUGAUGACUUCCUUUUUAAAAAUGUGUUGCAAUUGGGGAGAAUUAUUUAUAUUUUUAUAUCAUUUUAAAUCAAACGAAGAAAAUAUUUCAAAUUGCCUUUCUAGUGAUAUUUUAAAUGAAAAUUACUUACAUAAUUAUUUAAACGCUGACCAAUGGAAUACUAUUGAACAACGUAUUGCUAACUUUGGUGAGCUUCCGUGUAAGCAACAUUUGAAAAAAAUUUCCUCCCAAACAAGUCGAUUAACAAUUCUGUGUGAACGAAAAAUGGUAGAUCCAAAUUUAUUAAAACUUUAUUCAUAUAGUGAUGUUAAUCUUCAAAUUACCAAAGACAUAUCAGAUAUUAAUAUAAUAGCGAAAAAUAUAUUGAAUUUAAAAAUAGAAAAAGAUCAAACAGAAGUUACAGAAGAGGAACUAUCAAAUUUGCAAACAAUUUUCAAUGAAGAUGUUACUUCUGAAAUCUGUAAUAUUGAAAUGAAAAAUAUUGUAAACUUAUUGAAUGUACUGAAACAAUUACCUUUAGCGUAUUGUUCAGAUAAAAUACGAGUAGAAAUGAUUUUAUUAUCAAUUGUUAAUGUGAAUAAAACUAAUUUUUCGAUUGAGACAAAAAAAAUGAUACGUUCUAUUACAUAUAGAAUUACGGUUGGUGUUUCCGAAAUAUUCACUGAAGAACAUUUAAAAAAUGGAAAUAUUAAGUUGGAAUUAUACGGUUUGACAAUUGAUCGAUGCUUAAUUCGUGAUAAGAAAAAUAUUUUAGAUAAUUUAUUGAAAUAUUUCGAUAAAGUAUUAAGUUUGUGUUUGGAAGUUGGUAAUUCAAAAAAUGAAGAAAAUGUGAUUACAGUAGAAGACAAAACUGAAUUUUUAAAUGUUGUAGUCAAGAAUAUGAAAAAACUUGAUGCAAACUUACCGGAAGAUUUUAUUUUAAAAUGUGCGCUCAAUAAUGCAGAGAACGCAUUAUUUAACUUUUCAUCUUUAGUAUCACAUUCGCAACUCAAAGAAUUAGAGUUGAUAAUUAAUUAUUUAUUGGAUAAAACUAAACUGCACUUAAAAAAUAAUUCAAUGGAAGAAUUUAGUAGAAAUAUUGAUGUUUGGGAAAUAAUGGUUGAACAUAAGUUUAAUAAAACUAAAAGUCAAAUUCGUCAAAAUGCGUUACAAAUCAUUUUGAGGGAAUUUUUAUUUUCAAUAAAAACUAGUCCGUAUAAUUUUCAAAUGUCGAUUAUUAUGUUGAAGUAUAUCCACAAACUGUUACGAACACAGGUUGUAUUAACUCCAACCAUGAUCGAUCUGAUUUUGGAAUUAUUAUACGAAAUAAAUCAUAAAAGAGAUUCAUUACAACAAGAUAUUUCUGAAUUUGAAUCAAUAUUUUCAAUUUCAACAUUUAUUCUAGAUGUGUUCUUCACUUUCCGUAGUGUUUUAAUCAUGGAUCGCAUUCAAAGUAUUUUAGUGCCUUAUAGAUUAUUGUUAAAAAAGUUAUGUUUACGUAGUCAAAUUCAAUCGAAUAAGAACGAAGAAAAUAUUAUCUCAAAAUGUGCUUUAAAUUUCCAAAGGACCAAUGAAAAUUUAGUAAAACAUAAAAAAGAUACAGCAAGAAUAGCACCUUAUUUAAUAGCAGAUGUAUUACAAUAUUAUGAAAAAGUUACUUUUUAUCCAACGAUUAAGAAUUAUUUAAACAGCUGUUUAUAUGGAUUGUUAAACUUGUGUGAUUCACAUGCGAACUCAUUUUUACUUCGAAAUUUAUCAAUUCCAUCAAAAGAAAUAUUUAAAGUUAUUCAUGAUGACUUCAAUAAAUAUCACCGAUUUACUGGGAAAUCUUAAAUGUUUGAUUGUAUGUUAUUGUUAAUAUCUGCAAAUUGAGGUUGGAAUCAAUUUACUUUCUAGAAUAGAAAGAAGAUAAUUUAAACUGUAUUCAAUUAAAGGCAACUUAAAUGAAUCACAGUAAUAAAUGAAAUAUAGGGAAUAUAGUAGGGUUGAGUGAAUAAUGCAUAGAGAUAUUAAGACCAUAGAGCCGCAAAGUUGCCGGCCAAACAGUUGCACGUAUAAACGUCUACCAGUUCUGUCUCUUUCUCUGUAGUCGAAUCACUUAAUGCGUUUCCUAUGUCUUUAUGCCUAUAUGGUCUUAAUAUCUCUAUAAAAUAAUGACAUUUUACAUAUUAAACCUCAAUUUUUAUUUUUGAAUAUUUGAUGUAUUUAUGUGUAAACAAAAAAUGAACG